AUGGUCACCGUAACGCUGAUCUCAUCCACCUCCUCGGACAUCACCUGCAAACUCAUCUCGUGGCAUUGGGCAGACACCGUCGUGUGGAUUUCCUCCUCCAUCUCAGUGGAAAAUGGGGAAGCCGCUGUCGCUGUUGCUCCUGCUGUUCCUGCUGCAGGCGUCACAAAGGAAACAGAAAGUGGAGAGGCAAGCCCCGCCCCUUGCUGCAGCCUACUGUGGGCAGUGGGGGACAACAAUGUGUUCUUGCCCGGCACUGUGGCGGUCGCGUCUGUGCUGGUCCUGCCACGCCUCCUCGGCUGUCUCGACGCCGCAACGAGUACGCCGUCGUGGUACACCCGCUUUUCCACCACGCAGGAGUCUGUCAUAAAAAGCGCGGCGUUGAGGCCGAAGCUGGCGAAGGAGCUCACGGAGUACAUGCCAGGAAUCAAAAUGGUACCAUUCGUAAUAGUCAGUUGGCAGUUGUCAUCGAGAACAAUCAGCGCACCAGGGGCUCCAGAGAGAUAA